CAGUGACUAGCGAUGUGCUUAGUGUGUUAGACUUGACUAUUGUUCUGCCUAUAAGCCUAACUUCAAAGCCUCUUUACAAGGUUUAAUUAAACAAGCGCCAUGUCAGACACCAGCUGGGUGUUGGGUGGCGUUGUUCCCGCAUUGAAUCAGAUCAUGUGACACGGGAAGUUCUUGACCCUGCUGUGGUUGCCAGCCCGAUCAGCCGUGCGCGUGCGUACACGAUGUCACACUGUUCAGCCGCUUUUUUGUGAGUGGUGCCGGGGCUCUCAGGGUUCUACCACCGAACUAGUACACUUCUAUCCCAUUUGACAAUCCUUUUGAGAGGGAUUCAUUGAACAGAAAACCGCUGCCAUUCUAGAUUCUCAUUUGGAGGCGAGCGGGACCCACGGCUGUUUACAUUGCCUGCAUUAAUGCGAAUUGGUCAGGUUUAGCCACCGCCAGCAGGCAUUUAAUAAGUGGAGCCGCGCAAGCGCAGCCCUUUGGCCCCGCCCAUGACCGCAAUCGCGGAUUGGUGGGCUGGAUCAUGUGAUCGAGCCUCGCCUCUUCCCGGAGGCUGGGGGCCAGUCCGCAGGCUUGUUUCCGGUUCGGUAGGUCCACGAUGACGGAGCCGGGCGCCUCUCCCGAGGACCCUUGGGUCAAGGCAAGCUCCGCGGACGCGCACGCCGGCGAGGGGAGGGCGGGUCGGGCUCGUGCACGUAGGGGUUCCGGAAGACGCGGGGUUCCCCAACUAUCCCCAGAGUCUCCCCUGCUGUCCGGGCCCCGGGGCUGCAGAGAAGACAGCUCUCACCCGGCGUGUGCCAAGGUGGAGUAUGCCUUCAGUGACAACAGCCUGGACCCUGGGCUUUUUGUAGAAAGCACCCACAAGGGGAGUGUAGUGUCCAGAGCUAAUAGCAUCGGCUCCACCAGUGCCUCCUCCGUCCCCAACACAGAUGAUGAGGACAGUGAUUAUCAGCAAGAGUCCUACAAGGAAUCCUACAAAGACCGGAGGCGGCGUGCACACACUCAAGCUGAACAGAAGAGGAGGGAUGCUAUCAAGAGAGGCUAUGAUGAUCUUCAGACCAUCGUCCCUACCUGCCAGCAGCAGGACUUCUCCAUCGGCUCCCAAAAACUCAGCAAAGCCAUCGUCCUACAGAAGACCAUCGACUACAUCCAGUUUUUACACAAGGAGAAGAAAAAGCAGGAGGAGGAGGUAUCCACACUGCGCAAGGAUGUCACAGCCCUGAAGAUAAUGAAAGUGAACUAUGAGCAAAUUGUGAAGGCACAUCAGGACAACCCUCAUGAGGGAGAGGACCAGGUCUCUGACCAGGUCAAGUUCAACGUGUUUCAAGGCAUCAUGGACUCCCUAUUCCAGUCUUUCAAUGCCUCUAUCUCUGUGGCCAGCUUCCAGGAGCUGUCAGCUUGUGUCUUCAGCUGGAUUGAGGAACACUGUGAGCCACAGACUCUACGAGAAAUUGUGAUUGGUGUCCUACAUCAGCUGAAAACCCAGCUCUACUGACGGCUCCCGGAAACCUGCAGGGCAGAGGCCUUCAGUCUGUUAGGAACUGCUGGGCCUGAGACUGGACUGCAACACCUCACACCGGUCAGCUGGUUUCUACUUGGUGUUUGGUUUGCCCGGCCCCGCUUCAGCUUCGGUGAGGCUGAGGUCUGUGGAAGCUUCUCAUUAAUUUAUUAUAUUGCUCACGAUGUUGACCCACUCCGCCUUCCCCUCCCUAGGAAAAGUCUUCAGGACAAGAGUCUGUUCAGGGAACCUUACAGAACCCCUGGCCCCUCAGCCCUUUCUCUGACUGACCAUCAGGUCUAUGCUCACAAUCUACAGAUAUAAUUUGGAAAUUGUUUGCCUCUGCUUGGUCUCUUGGGCAACACUUGGCUCAAGUUUGGGUCUUUUGGCAGUUUUUGACUUGGAAAAAAAGGAAAAGAAAUAGUCCCAUGGCCAGGAAGGGUAAAAGGCCACCUUGUUCCUAUGCCAGGGCUGUGUGGUCGGUACUAAGUGAGGCCAGGGCUUUCUAGCCAGCUCAGGGUAAGGCUGCCAGGUUCCUGCUGUCCCCUCAUAUUCAACCAUACUGUGUUUGGUAGAGGAAGCAAUGUCCUGUCAGCUCCUGCCCUGUCUCUUCCCAAGGCAGGUGCCCCACAGAAUUACAUAUUUGAACUUGUUCUCUAAAUAUCAACAGUAUAUUUUUGUGAUAUGUAGUUUCCCAAAGUUCUAACUGGACCUCCAAAGCACCCCAGCUUUCCUGUGUAAUGUAUCUGUGUACCUCCCACAUUUCUCCUAGGACUUGGGAGAUAGAUACAGAAGACGCUCAGGUCGUCUGGGGUAGGCCUGGGUGGUGCCUUGGGAUUCUCGGAUGUUAGUGUGUGACCACCUUUCUGUACUUGCUCGCCCGUGUCCCCUGUUGCCUUCCCCAGGUUUGACAUCUGGGAGGUUUGAUAAUCCAGAGGAAAUUAAGUAUUUUUAUAUCAAAUUAUAUUACAAUAAAUAUUCCAGAUACUUUCCUUGAA